AUACUUAUUCUCAAACUUCAUCAAUCAUAUCAACGAUGACUACGUAAAGGAUCUUGGAAAUGAAAUAACGAUAAAUCUCGAUUGCAAAGACCUUGCAGAUCUUCCACGAAUACAAAAUGGGAAAAUCGCAUGUACUCCACAUUCGUUAGGAGUGAUUAAACGAUUGCCUAACUCGAUCGCCCAAACCCUCUCAACAUCAGGGUUCACGUGCACAUUGCAUUCAGAAAGCAAUUAUUAUUGUAGUUUUUGCAAGGCUGGCACGUUCGGUAAUAGCGAUGUCAGUGAUCACAGGGGAUGUAUAACAUGCUCAGCUGGUGGAUUCUAUCAAGACGAGAUUGGAGAAACAAAAUGUAAGGAAUGCACUAUGGGAACUUUCGUACACCCAAACAACACACCGGCAACUACACCACUAUCGUGUCAGGCCUGUCCACAAGGGACACAAACAAGCGAGAAGGCUGGAUACAGAGCUUGCAAGUGCUUACCAAACUUCUACAGGUUUGACCGGUUUGGAAGGUGUUUACCCUGCCCAAGUAAGGGCUAUAAAUGCAAAAAUGACUACGCUAGUCUGUCGACAGGUUUUUUCUGGAGAUGGGAAAAUAGCACUUUUGAAAUAAACUACCGCAAGUUUAUCGCAAAUCUCAUGGUUGAGAGCCCUGAGUUUGCAGAAGGAACAUGGAAAUACGAAGGAACUCUACCUAGUCCCCACAAGUGUCCACGUGACUCCUGUUUAGGAGGCCUGAACUCUAGUUGCCAAAAUGGUUACCAAGGUCCGCUGUGCGCACUUUGUGAACAAGACUAUUACAACAAGAUGAACAGAUGUAUCCGCUGUCCAUCCAGAUUGUGGGCAGGGUUUCAGGUUGCUAUAGUGAUCGUCCUUUUUGUUGGCGUCCUUCUCGCUCUUUUAUGGGGAGACAGAAAGAGGCUAAAGAAGGAAAAAAAUCGAACCAUUGCAGACAAGAUAUUAUCUUGUUUUAAGAUUGUCGUUGGCUUUUAUCAGGUAAUGGCAGGAGUAUAUUCUGCUUUCUCUAACAUAGCCUGGCCAUCCUCGGUUGUUUGGAUGCAGAAGAUUCUUCACUUCAUACAACUAAACAUCCUACAGAUAGCUCCUCUCAGCUGUAUUACUUCUCGGUUAUCCUUUAACGUACUGCAGCAGUUUGUCAUUGUUGUUGCUUUGAACAUCAUCGUUGUCACCUUCUUUCUUAUCUAUCUUAUGAUAAGAAUUGCAAUACUCAAGAGAAAGAAACGAAAUCAAAUCGACCAACAAAAUCCAAUCGACCAACAAAAUCCAAUCGAUGAGCCGGCUUAUAUCGACCAUUCGGUGGCCAAAACCAAGAGUUCAUGCAUUCGUAACAUCUGUGUCUUUCUGUUUGCUACGUAUCCAAAGACCUGUACAAGUAUUAUUCAAGUUCUUUCCGUAAACUGUGUACAGCUGUGCUUCGAAGAAGAGCACGCGUAUUGUGUUUCUUAUCUCAGAAGCGACCUCUCUGUCCAGUGUGGUUCUCCCGAACACAACAUUUUCUCACGUAUUGCCAUAGCUUUCCUUAUUUAUCCGAUUGGGUUUCCUGUGGUAAUUCUGUUUCUCGUGUGGAAAUAUAUUCACAAGCCGUCGUCAGGGGUGGCUAACGAAAACAACGAAGAAAUCGAUUUGCCAGCAGUGGCCGAGUCCUCAAACACACCCGUACCUCCUCCAACAGAAUCCCCAUUCAAAUCUGGUCUUCGUUUAUUCAGCGAGAACUAUGAUUCGAAUUGUUGGUACUGGGAAGGUUUGGAGAUGAUCAGGAAGCUGAUUCUCAUUUCCGGUCUGACGCUGAUUGGUGAACACAGCCGCACACAGAUUGAACUUGGCGCCAUCAUAUCUGCUGUAUUUGCUAUUCUUUAUGCCUAUAAACGUCCCAUCACUAACAAGUUUGAGAAUAUUCUGCAGUCGGUGGCUCUGAUGGCGAUAUUUUUAAACCUUGGAAUUGGUGUGAUGCUCAAGGCAUCAGACAAUGACAAAAUGUCACCAGUUAUCAACAAGCAUAACGACAACCUGUUCGUGUCUAUCAUGAUGAUCAUUAUCAAUGUUGCUGUCAUUGGUAUAGUGACAGUUGCUGUUCUCAAGGUCAUUUGGCAGGCAUUAAUAGAGAAAUGCUGUAGGGCUGCUAAUGAAGAUAACUGCAGCUGUGGUCAUUGCUGCAAAGGAUGCCUUAAGUGCUGUCGAAUCCUACUAUUGCCUUUUAAGAUGGGAAGUUACAAUUUCACGAAUGUCGACCAUGAGCCACGUGACGAACUUCUGCAGCAUGCCAUAAAUGAUUGAAACUAUAAUAUUUUGGUUGUACAAGUGUACACCAAGACGAAGUCCCGUUUCUCAUGAAAAUAUAGUUAAAUGAAAUAUAAAGUAUAAUUAAACAUACCAUUGAAAAUUGCAAGAUAAUUAGUUAUGGGACUUAAUCACACGGCGGCCAUAUUUAUCCUCAUGAGAAUAAAAAAACCUUUGUUUAAUCAGCAUAAAUUUAUUACAACUACUUGAAUGCGAGGUUACGCGUGGUGGAAUCUAGAGCAGUUUUCGUAUGACUGUGAAAAGUUCAGUGCCGUAAGCAUGCCUUGCUAUGACCGUUAUGUUUCUAGGAUUUUAAUUAGCGGAUUUUUUUUCUGGCGCAGUGUGAUUAGUUUGACAAUGCCUUGACCUUAGCGUCACUUUGUCCGUAACUUGAUUGUGCCGUGUUUCGGGCAAUUGAUUAGAUACAGAAGAGAUUCUCCUGCAAUGUGAUUUGUCUGGCGUAUACCUUGCCGUGUUCGUGCCGUGAGCUUUUCACAGUCAUAGGAAAACUGCUUUAUUGUACGCAGAAAUGUUACGCCAUGUCGUACCUUGCACGUGCUGUAAGACAGUACCGUACGCUUCCCACUCGUAUGAUAACCAUUCUUAUGGGAAGCCAUUUCAAUGUUAAGGCAUGUCGUAAUUUUAAAAAUGCAUAACACAAGACGUUUUUCAGUCAUGUAGUGAUGUUGUGAGCGUUAUCCUGUAUGAGUGGCCGUGUCGUAUACGAUAUAUAAUAUAUCGUAUACAACACGGCCACUAAAGAGGCAUGCACUUGGAUGAAAAUUAGAAACGACUUGGAUCUUGGUUAAACUUAUUCAUAUGGCCCUAAUAGUAGCCAAGACACAUAUUUUCUUCAUAGUCAAACGUUGUAGAUAUAAAUGUUUUUUCAGCAUCGAAGUUAUGAGUAAAUGACGUCAUUUACUCAACCCUAUUGUUCUUUUAGUUUUUAAACCAAAGUUUCCUUACUGCAAGUGGUUCCAAAGCAAAUCUUUCGUUAAUAUAGCUUUCAURAUAGUAAUUGAAUCAUAUUAUCCUCAAAUAUUUGAAUUAUUUCAAAAAACGGGGCGUUUUCAUCCAAGUGCCCCUUUAGCAAACGUCUAGGUUAGUUCUUUUUUGUUUCACUAAGAUUUUCGAGAUAAAAGUUUCGUAUUGUGUUUUCCUCAUUUAUUAUUAAUGAGUUCAUUAAAACUUUGUAGAAAUUCGAGGGAAUAUGUCUUUCGAACGUGCACUAGCCCAACUAAACAGCACUGAAAUGGCUUUAAGAACUUGCUACAAGGUUCUAUUAUAAACUUUAACAUAAUUUAUGUCAACGUUCUCAGAAGUAAACAUGCACGCGCAAUUACUAGAUUGAAAAGCAAAGAAAGCUGACACCUAUUAAAUGCAACUAAUGUUUUUUUGCC